AUGCUCCAAUUGCAUGUAGUGGCCGAAGAGCUAAAAUUGAUUUCGACGCGACAAAACGCAACAUGCACAGUCAUCGUUCCGGACGUCGUCGGAUGUUAUCACUGCCUCAACGGCUCAAGAGUCGAACUCGCUUGCCACUCGAGCGAACAUGAAGUCACAGCCGAAGUGAAAUGUGGAAAACACCACCAGAUAGCGACAAGCACGAAGAUGGGACAUAUCAAUAAGCUCACAUUCAAUUUUGAAACUGCUAUCGUGAAGGAAACACGCACACUCGUUUGUCCGGGAGGACUGACAAAAUUCGACAUCAGUAGAGCCCUCAAGCAUUCACAAAUUCUUCUCAAAUUUUAUGCGAUGUGUGGUGGUCUUAGCCCUGAUCGCAUCGGACAAAAAAAAAGCAUAAAUUCCACUAGAAAUGUUCCUUUAAAUCCAUCAUACGUCGAGAAAGUCAAAACAGCAGGAUCCAAGCAAAAGAAACACCUACUUCGUAGAAAAAAUACUGCUCAACAACAAAUAGAUCUAGAUCAGUGA